AUGACGCCUUUGAGGACCUUAACGUUGUUGCUGGUGUUGUCUAUGAUGUUGGUGUACGUCACGGCUGCUGUGUUGCCUAGCAACACAACGACGACGACAAAAGCGCCAGCAACUACUAAUGGCGACAACUGCCAAGUAAACGGCAACAUCAUCCCUGCUGACCAAACCGUCAGCAUCGAGGGUAGAGGCGAUUGUUAUUGCGUCAAGGACGGAAGUUACGACCUGCGCGCUGAGUGUGUUCUGGUGACCCCGCUAAUGACGACACCCAAUGAAAACCUGGACAACUCUAACCCCUGUUACAAGUGCACAUGUGAGAGCAACGAGAAACAAUGUUACUACAUCGACUGUUUUUUUGACCCGUGUGUGGACGGCUACUACGAACCUGGGGUUUGUUGCAAGAUAUGCCCCAACGGUAGAAACUGUGCUGUAGGAGGUACAAUUAUCCCUGAUGGUACCAGUGUUGCUGUCGAGGGCUAUGGCGAGUGCCACUGUUCUAUGGACUACAACACGUUCCGUUUAUCUGCAGCGUGUACACCCCAAACACCCCCCAUGACCACCCCGGGGUUACCAUCCACCCCUGGCUGUGAUGAAACCAUCGACAACUCCGACCCCUGCUUCGUCUGUGAGUGUUACAACAACGAAAGACAAUGUUACGUCAUCGACUGUGCACCUUUAGGAUGUGUGGACGGGUACAAAAAACCCGGAGACUGCUGCACCAAAUGUCCAAACGGCAACAACUGUGCCGUGGAUGGCACCAUCAUCACCGAGAACAGCCGCGUCUAUGUCGAUGGUCACGGCGAGUGCUAUUGCGUCAUCAACUUCGAGAAGUAUCGCUUGGAGGCUGAGUGUGUUCCCCCCACAGACUUCCCCCACACCACGCCCUGGUUACCUCCCUCUACACCUGCUAGCUGUGAGGGUCUUACAAAUCCUGCAGCAGGGAAUCCCUGCAUGUAUUGCUAUUGUAUGAACGGGAUAUAUGAAUGUAUAAUUGGGGAUUGUGGGAUGCCGAGGUGUUUUGACAGUGUAAGGGAGCCUGGUGCUUGUUGUAGCACCUGCCCAAAUGGUGAGAACUGUGAAUACGGAGGCUCCAUCAUCCCAUACGGUCAGACGGUGGAUGUUCCCUUCUUGGGCACGUGCACGUGUGCAGAGAAUCAUUAUACGGGAGAGUUGCUUGCUCAGUGCAUCCCGUUCGAACCUACCACACCUCCCGACCCACCCACCACACCUACCGGAUGUUAUGAUGGUUACGUAGACAGCGACGACCCCUGCCGGAGGUGCGAGUGUGACGGCGACCAGUUGAUGUGCUACAACAUACCCUGCGCCUGGGGGAAGUGUGUCGACGGUUACACGGAGCCAGGGCAGUGCUGCCCUACGUGCCCUAACGGUCGCAACUGUAAGGCAAACGGGGUGAUCAUUCCCUACGGAACACCGGUGUUGAUAGAAGGCAUCGGUUACUGCUACUGUGUGGAUGAGACCAGUACGUAUUGGCAGGGUGGGGUGGAAGUAGAGUGCUUACCACUCUCCACAACUCCGUUCACAACGCCACACACCACACCAGCAAUGACCACACUGUACCACGAAGAAACCACCCCAGUGACACCCCCUCAGACGACCCCAGCAACAGACGCCCCGUGGUGGGAGACGAGCCAGGCACCAUGGGAGGACACAACUACUGACCCCCCGCCACAGGGAGAGGUCAGCAGCAGACCUGCAAGAAGUAUUAGAGAGGCCGUUAGAAGGCUCAUGGCUAAACGUUGA